AAGCCAGAACUUCGCCCAGCAACUUUUUUUCUCCCCUUAGUGGAUGAAGGGAGCGCGGGAGCCGAGCGGAGCGGCUGCAGAGAGCGCCUCCCUUUCGGGCGCUCGCUUCUUCAUGCGGCCAAACACUUUCCCUCCUGUUGCCGUCGCUGGCGGCCGUCCGGCGGCCGGACUCUGGAUCUAGGCGGGCCGAUCCCUCCGAUCUCCUGGCCAGGACCCCGAGGAGGAGGAGGAGGAGGAGGAGGAGGAGGAGGAGAAGCGGCGGCGGCGGCAAGCAGCAGGCCGGCCGGAGGAGCGUCCGCUCGUCGCCAGGAUGUUCCAGCCGACCCCGAAACGCUGCUUCACCAUCGAAUCUCUGGUGGCCAAAGACAGCCCUUCCUUGCCCUCUUCCCGCGCCGAGGAUCCCAUCCGGCCGGCGGCGCUCAGCUAUGCCAACUCCAGCCCCAUGAAUCCUUUCCUCAACGGCUUCCACUCGGGCGGGCGGGGAGUUUACUCCAACCCGGACUUGGUCUUCGCCGAGGCUGUCUCGCACCCGCCGAAUCCCGCUGCCGUUCCGGUCCACCCCGUGCCCCCGCCCCACGCCUUGGCCGCCCACCCGCUGCCCUCCUCUCCCUCGCCGCACCCGCUCUUCGCCUCGCAGCAAAGGGACCCGUCCACCUUCUACCCCUGGCUCAUCCACAGAUACCGGUAUCUGGGCCACCGGUUCCAAGGUAAUGAAACCAGCCCGGAGAGUUUCCUCUUGCACAACGCACUGGCCCGGAAACCGAAACGGAUCCGCACCGCUUUUUCUCCAUCCCAGUUACUGAGGUUGGAACACGCUUUCGAAAAAAACCACUACGUGGUCGGGGCGGAAAGAAAACAACUGGCCCACAGCCUCAGCCUCACGGAAACUCAGAUGAUUUACUUGCUGCUUAAAAGAAGAGCUAGAAUGGAGUUCAAGGCCUCUGACUGUGCAUCUUUGAUUGCAUCAAGAGAAGUCAAACAUGUAGACUGCAGUGAGCACUACUGAAUUUCAACCCUAAUCUGUCCAACACCCCCCCCCAAAAAAACAAUGUGAUUUUUAUGCUUGGCUGUUUUUUUCUGUGUAAGGGAGUAGAUUGGAGGGAAAUUUGUAGGAAAAUUGGAUGAAGAAACCAAGACAAUCGCCCAUCAAGGAACAAAAAGUAAUUCCGAAAAAUGUAGGAAAUGUCACCAGAUACCUGGCUCAUACUACCACAUGUGAUGGACUUGCACUGAAGCUAAAAGAUACUGGACUAAAAUCCACAUGUGGUUGGAGAAAAUGACACACAAACAAAUAGACUUUAAACCAGAGGUCUUUUUAUUGGGGAUCAUACCAGAAACCUACAACAAAGACUUAAAAUAUCUGAUUGUAAAUGUGUUAACAGCAGCCAGAAUUGUAUUUGCAAAAAACUGGAAAAAC